CACCGAGAUUUGGAAUAUUACGUUACAGUCGUGCAGGAAAAAUGGCGACUGUCAUUCAUAAUCCUCUGAAAUCGCUUGGUGACCAGUUCUAUAAGGAGGCAAUCGAACACUGCCGCAGCUACAAUGCCCGCCUCUGUGCCGAACGCAGUGUGCGCAUGCCCUUCCUGGACUCACAGACCGGCGUGGCGCAGAACAACUGCUACAUCUGGAUGGAAAAGUGCCACCGCCAGCCAGGCCAAGCAGCAGGACAGAUGUACACCUAUCCUGCUCGUUGCUGGAGAAAGAAGAGGCGACUCCACCCUCCCCUGGAUCCCCAACUCCGCCUGUGUGAGCUUCGACUGGAAGCCGAGCUGGCCCCCAAGCGCGAGGUGCCCCCAGGGGAGGCCACAGCCUUGGAGGCCCUGCUGAGGGGGGACAGCGUGCUGGAGAAAAAAAACAGCAUCUGUAAGGAAGAGGAAACCAUGCUAGAAAUACAGAGAGUUCUGGAGGCGGAGGAAAAUGGGGACGGUCUCCAUGAUGAUGAAGACUUUGACCAGGACACUCCAAAGAGAAAGAACAGAAACAGAAGCAAAAACAGAGGAUCCAGUCGCAGGAGGACAGAACCCGUUAACCUCGACGACCAGGACAAACCUUACGUCUGUGACAAUAAAUACAAACAAAAGCAUAACUCAAAAAAGGCUGAAGAAGUCUGUGGAAAGCGCUACAAGAACCGGCCCGGCCUGAGCUACCACUACACCCACACUCACCUGGCGGAGGAGGAGGGUGAGGACGAGAAGGAAUCAGAUAUGGCCCCCUCUCCUCCAUUCAACGUAGACAACCACAAACCUCAGAAAGGUCCGGAUGGCAGCAUCAUCCCCAACGACUACUGUGACUUCUGCCUGGGAGACCAGGACUCCAACAGGAAGACCGGCCAGGCCGAGGAGCUGGUGUCCUGCUCCGACUGUGGACGCUCCGGUCACCCCACAUGUCUGCAGUUCACUGACAACAUGAUGCAGGCUGUGAGGACGUACCAGUGGCAGUGCAUAGAGUGCAAGUCUUGCAGCCUCUGUGGCACCUCAGAGAACGAUGACCAGCUGCUGUUCUGUGAUGACUGUGACAGAGGAUACCACAUGUACUGCCUGAAGCCUCCAAUGACCAAGCCUCCAGAAGGGAGCUGGAGCUGUCAUGUGUGUCUGGACUUGUUGAAAGACAAGGCCUCUGCCUACGGAGAGGCUUAACCUCCUUGGACAUUCUUGU